AUGAACACAAAGCUUGAAAACGAUCUAAACGAUACCUGCGAUUUCGAGGAUACUGUGACAUGGUCGAAAGAAACGAUCGAGGUAACGGAUUUUUAUAAUCGGCUUCGAACGGAAAGACUACCCGAACGAAUCGUUUUUCCUGAAGAAUUAAAUACGUACCUGCGUGAUCGUAUCCGGGAUUUAACUGCGGAGAAUGGUUGCUUGCGUCGAGCGCUCGAAGAGACCGAGGAAAGGCUUCGAAUCACGGAGGAGAGCACAACGAAAUCGCAACUCCCUAUAACAACAUUGGGUAAAUCCAGUGAAAUGGCAGCGACAAAGAUCAUCGAAUUGAGUAAGAAAUGUAGGGAACAGACGGCUGAAAUCGAGGUACUCAAAACGAAAUGUAAGAAUCUCGAGGGCAAUCUAGCCAGCAAGACGGCCGAAUUGGAAAACUUAAAACAUGAGCUAACUCGUUCGAAGGAACUACCAGAGUCUCGUAACAGUGAGUUGCUCGUGUAUCCUCUUUCAAGAUCUUAGCAAUAUCUUGAUAUCGUUUAUCUAUGCAAUAACAUAAUCGAGAUCCAGGAUAGUAUCCUUGACAAAGGUACCGGAGAUGUCCAAUCUUUAUCGAAGGAGGACGAGGAUAAGAUCAAAAUUCUGACGGAGAAGAUGCAACAAGUACAAACGAAGCUUUACGAAUCGAAGAACGCUUAUGCGAGUCUCAAGCAGGAGUUCAACAAAGCUCAAAAGUUACUGUGCAGCGAAGUUGGCGAGAACGUAACGGUGACUGGAUUAUCCUCGCAACUGGGUGGCUGGCGUGGAAGAGCCGAACAAAUUCGGCUGCUUCAACAAAAGGUUUCCGAAUUACAAUUAAAGUUAUCGGAAUAUGAUGGAACUGUGAAAGGAUCCUCCGAAAAGGAGAGACGACAACAGAUUGAAAAUUCGGCGAAGGAGCUCAGGCAAGCAGAAGUUGCGUUGGAAACCUAUAAAAGGAAGCUCGAAGCCUCGAAAGCUAGAAUAAAAGUUCUAGAAAAUGAAUUGAAUACGACAAAGGCGAAUAUUGCUGUGUUAAACGAAAAAAGAUCUCAUGACGAUCAUUUGAUUGAGACUCUUAACAGUCGACUCAAAUCUGCUGAAAAUAAAUGUCAUGAACGCGAAAUGGACAUCAAGAAUAAGGAAGAGAAAUUGGAACGCGAAAGUACCGUUUUGAAAAAUGAUCUACAAGCUGCUCAAAUACAGAUCGAUCGGUUAACAAGGAAGCUCGAAGAACGUGAAAUCGAGAUAGAUAAACUGAGAAAUGGUAUGAUAACGGAAGAUUCGAAACAACGUGUUCUUCAUCUGGAAGAUCGAACUGUUAGCAAUUAUCGUACGAGUCCUCCGAAUACGAUUAGAAACUUCAACGAACCUAACGAAUAUGUCACUAUAGCUAUCGCGGCAGAAGCUGAACGAGAGAGGUUAUUAGAGUUGGUGACUGUGUUGAACAGACGAUUGGACAAGGAGAGAAACGAUGCAAACAAUCUAACCGAAUCCUUGCGAAACGAACAAAACAAGGUGGUAAAAUUGGAAUCUAAAUUACGAAAAUUAGAAAACGAAAAAAUAGGGAUUUCAAAGGUGGACAGUGGUUAUUACAGGGUAAGAAAUCUAAGAUCAAUUUCGGGAUCUCGAACGAAUGAAGAAUCUGCAAAUGCCGAACAAAUCCAUUUCAAGCUCGAAUUACUUGAAGAGGAAUGCCUCGCUUUGAAAGUAAGAUUAAAUACGGUACAACAGGACAAAGCCUCGGACUUAGAAACAUAUAAACGAAUGUUAGAUCAAGCCAGAAAAACCUUUCAGGAAGCAUGCAAGAAUAGACCACCAACAACAACUGCGAGUCGUUCGACGGUCACCGUUUAAUGCAAACUCAUUAUAUUCUUUAUUAAAAAUCUAUACUUCUCAAAGGAUAAUUAAAUAAAAUGAUAUAUCUUUUUUUAUUCUUCCGUUUCUCUUUAAUGCGUUUUUUAAAAAUUCACUUUGAAAUUCCAUCUAAUUCGAUUACCAAUAUGUAAUUUAGAUAUUCAGCCAUUCAUGAUUUUUUGCGUUGGUGAGUAUAGAUCGGGUAGUAUGUAUCGUCAAAGAUUGCAUGGAACAGAGGCUGACUAUUCACUUCACUCUAUUAUUAUGAAUUCUAUUUGGAUUUAUUUGUAGAAGAAUACAACAGAAUUGGAGAUGGAAAUAAAAAGACAUACAAAAUAUUAGCAAAUUUUUACAUUAUCAUUGAUAAUGAAAUAAAUCAAGAACUAAAUUAUUUUUAUAAUGCCUUAUAACUAGGAUUAUUUCUUAUUAUUAAAAUUUAUAAUUAAAAACGUUUUUUAUUAUUAACAUCUUAUAACGAAACAUAUUUAAUUGCUAAUCAUGGUUGCAAACUCCAUCUGGUACUGUUAUUAAUUAUAAAAUCAUUGGCUUAUUAUUUAAACAAUUGUUUGUAAUAUUUAAAAGUAUUCACGAUUAAUUCAUUUUAUUAAAUAAAAAAUAGGUUAAGAUUAUACGGAAGAUAAUAUGUCCAGAUCUCAUCAUAUGGAGGUUGUUGCUGCACCUACAGAUUCUAAAAUAAUAACUAUUUGAUAAAUCAUUUGUACUGACUAAGCGACAAAAGACCAUAGUUUCUUCGAAGAGUUUGAAGGUUACACUUUAGGGCGAUAGCUUUUUGUGGCCUUUGUCUAAAAAAGACAAUCAGUUACUUCUUCUUAUAUGCAUUGUCGUGACAAUAACGUAAUGCUCGAAGAACAAUGAAUCCGAUAGUACAGAAACAAAUACCGAACAGUUUUCAUCUUUUCUUUAUAACGCAUUGUAACAAAUUAAACGAAAAUUAACCAUUGUUUAACAUCAUUGACACUCCAAUAUCUGGUUAUUAGAGAGUAGAUAUAUUAGUCUUAAAAAUAAGUUAAUCUUAAAACUAGAACUCUUAGCAACACUAUUAAGAUAAAUCUGCUGAAACUUAAAAAAUAAAGCAAUAAAAUUCCAGCAUGCAUCUUGCAACAUGCAUCAUAAUUAUAUUCUUAUAAAUUAACAUGCUUUAGAAUUAUAAAAUGUUUUAAAAAUAAACACUUACUAAUAUAUUUUAUAAAUUUAUAACAUAGUGCAUAAUAUGAAAUUAUUCUAGAUUGGUUAUUAUACAAUUUUAUUAGUUAAUAUAACUCUUCUCAUUAUUAAAUUAAAAUAAAAAUAGUGCGUAUAAAAGAAAACAUAAAAAUAAACAGAAUAAAACUAAAAGUAUGCAAUCUCAUUUUGUGUGCUUAUCAAUAUUAUUAAUAUAUAGAAACAAACCACACUGAGAUCCAUACAAUUAAAUUUGUAAAUCUGAAACAUAUUUUCAUUAAUCAAACAUUUUAUUGAACGAAACAUCUUCAAAAUCUUUGGUACAUCUCACAAAUAUUUAAAGUUAUAUUUGACAUAGUUAUAUUGAAAUUGUAUUUUUUAUAGAACUAUAAAUAAUUAUAUUAAAUAUUUUAUGUUUGCCUUCAGAAAUGCAUAUAUAUACAUAAGAUAAUGUAACAGCAGGGCACUCUAAUACGUGAAAAUCAAAAAAGAUUAAUGUUAGCGAAUCCAACGAUGAUCACCUGUAACAAAAAGAAAAUAUAUUAGUCAUAGAAUCAAUAUGUAUAAAAACAUAUAAUACAGCACAUCUAUUUGACAUGCCAAUAUUUGUGUAGAUGCACAUUUCAAUUUAUUUCCCUAUCUAUUCUUAUCAAUCCCUAUAUCACCUUGCUAUAAGAUAAAAUUUAAAUGUGUGACUCUACAAAUUAUAACAAAUAAUGCUUAAGCAAUUGGAAAAUUUCAAAUAUUAUUACUACUAGUA